AAAAAGAAAGGGAAGAGGGGCAAGGCCAAAGGCACCCCAAUUGUUGAUGGGCUCGCACCAGAGGACAUGAGCAAGGAGCAGGUAGAGGAGCACAUCAACCGCAUCCGUGAGGAAUUGGACCGUGAGCGCCAGGAGCGCAACUAUUUCCAGCUGGAGCGGGACAAGAUCCAUACCUUCUGGGAGAUCACGCGCAGACAGCUGGAGGAGAAGAAAGCUGAACUUCGCAAUAAGGACCGAGAGAUGGAGGAGGCUGAGGAGCGGCAUCAAGUGGAGAUCAAGGUCUACAAGCAGAAAGUGAAGCACCUGCUGUAUGAGCACCAGAACAACCUGACGGAGAUGAAGGCGGAGGGCAUGGUGGUCAUGAAACUGGCGCAGAAGGAGCACCGCGCACAGGAGGGCGCCCUGCGGAAGGACAUGCGGUCACUCAAGGUGGAACUCAAGGAGCAGGAGCUGGCCAGUGAGGUGGUGGUGAAGAGCUUGCGGCUGAAACACACUGAGGAGCUCACCAAAAUGCGCAGUGACUUUGAGAGGCAAGUUCGAGAGAUCGAGGCCAAGUAUGACAAGAAGAUGAAGAUGCUGAGGGAUGAGAUGGACCUGCGUAGGAAGACAGAGAUCCAUGAGGUGGAGGAGAGGAAGAGUGGGAAGAUCCACACGCUGAUGCAGCGGCAUGAGGAGGCCUUUGCCGACAUCAAGAACUACUACAACGACAUUACUCUCAACAACCUGGCCCUCAUUAACUCACUCAAGGAGCAGAUGGAAGACAUGCGGAAGAAAGAGGACCACUUGGAGAAAGAGAUGGCCGAGGUGACCAUGCAAAACAAGCGCCUGGCAGACCCGCUACAGCGGGCACGGGAUGACAUGGGCGAGAUGCAGCGGAAGCUCACACACUACGAGCGUGACAAACAGAUCCUGACAUGCACAAAAGCUCGCCUGAAAGUCACAGAGAAAGAGUUAAAAGACCUUCAGUGGGAAUAUGAGGUGCUGGAGCAGCGGUUUAUUAAGGUGCAGCAAGAACGAGAUCAGCUCUACCAGAAGUUCACCGCUGCCAUCCAGGAGGUGCAGCAGAAGACAGGCUUCCGGAACCUACUCCUGGAGCGGAAGGUGCAAGCGCUGAGCAGUGUUGUGGAGCAGAAGGAGGCGCAGCUCAACGAAGUGCUGGCCAGCUCCAACAUGGACCCUGGGGCCCUGUCGCUGGUGUCCCAUAGGCUGGAGGAAAUCCUGGACUCCAAAAACAACACCAUUAAGGACCUUCAGUAUGAGCUGGCCCGAGUCUGCAAGGCACACAAUGACCUCCUGCGCACCUAUGAGGCGAAGCUCUUGGCUUUUGGGAUCCCCUUGGACAACGUGGGCCUGAAGCCCCUGGAGACAGCUAUCAUCGGGCAGACAAUGGGCCAGAGUCCUGCUGGGCUGGUUGCCACCCCUAUAUAG